AUGAGCAGCGUUGCGGUGCAGCCGAGCGGCUCUACGGCUGACACAGAGCCCACAACUCCGACCACCACCUCUGACGCGUCUGACACCGAACCCACAGAGACCAGCACGCUGCCUACAGCUACUACCACUACUGAUCCUGAGCCGAUUUCUACGUCACAGACUUCAUCAAGUGAAGAUGCGCCCACUUCCACUUCAACAAGCAGCACCUCAACAACAGAAACUUCCGAGCCAUCUACAACUACAUCCUCGGAGGCAUCGUCAGCCCCUACAACUACCAGUACCAGUACCACAACUACUACCGAUGAUCCAACCACUACAACCACUGAAAGUACAACAACCACCGAUCCGACUUCGACCACUGAUCCUGUCGAACCAACCACCACCACAGAAGAGAUCACUACCGGGACAACCACAACCACUAUUACCAUAACUGGCACCCCAACAGCCUCUGCGACCACGGGCAAUGAAGGUGCUUCUUCAACCAUUGAUUCCGCUUCCACUGCCUCAGCAACGGAAACGGGUGGUAGCGACUCCGGGCUCUCGGCAGGCGGCACAAUAGCUGUUGCGGUAGUUGUCCCGGUUGUAUCUGUCGCUAUCCUUGUCCUGGUAGGCCUCUGGCUCUGGAGGAGGCACAAGGCGAAGAAGGUAGCGGAAGAGGAACGCAGAAAAGAGGUCGAGGAGUACGGUUUUAACCCGAACGGCGACCCAACACUGCCGGCCGUAAUGGGUGGCGCCGCGGAUGAUAAUGCAGGAUACCGCGGAUGGGGGACAACUUCAGCCGGCCGCAAAGCAUCGACGAACCUCUCAAGCAGUGCUGGUGUUGGUUUAGCUAUGUCUGAAGCUGGAAGCCAACCAGGUUAUCACCACACCGCUACCCCCAGCGACGGUACUAUCCAGUAUGAAGGACAUGGCCCUCUUGGCGAAACCGAACCUUACGGGAUAUUGGGCGCUGCUCCUGUCGCUGCUGCCGCUACCUCCAAUCAACGCAGUACUGAUAUUAACAGAGGCCCGUCAAAUGCGUCAUCGGCGUAUUCUGCGGGCAACCAUUCAGAUAUCUCAGAAGAAAGCCAUAUGUCAGCCAACCAUCCUGGAGGUCCAUACUAUGAUUACACCGACGUACAACAACAAUACGGAGGGUAUAAUGAUCCGUAUGGCGGUCAGCCAGUAAUUCGCGACGUCCAAGCUCGCCGCAACACGCAGAUCCAGAAUCCGUCGGUGUUUCCUCGACAAGGAAAUGCGGGAAUCGCACAAAAUUUCUAA